AUGUAUGAUAAGCAAAAUAAGGAAUUUUAUGAACCAGUUCUUAAAGCACUUCUUUCAGUACUAUCAGUAAUACCAAUGAGACCUUAUCUUGUUAAAUGUGUUAUCACAAACUUGGAUAAACUUUUCAAAACAGAUAUUAUCUGGAAAUACUUUAUCAAGCAAGAUUCCAAUUUUACUGAGUUAAUAUUGAAAUAUUUGAUCAAUUAUGGAGAAAGCACCGAAAGACAACAAAUCGAAAAACCAACAUCAAUCUCAUUAAACACAACAAUUUUCGCUCCUGAAAAUGUUUGUGGAGAUAUCGAAACUUAUUUUGCAACUCCUUUCAGAAAGAUUAAAGUAACACAGAAAGAUUUUGUUAAAGGACAAGUAAAUCAAAAUGCUUUCUUUAACUACGAAGAAUUGUUAUCCGAAUCAGCAGAGAUCAAUGGACAAAAUGUGAGCAUUGAUAUCAUUGGAAACAAUAAAAGUACUCAAUAUAUUCUUGAAGGAAUUGUCUCGAAAAUCUGUUCCCAAGAUUUUUCAAAAGCAGAUCCAACAUAUGCUUUAUUCCCAUAUUUAUUCAUCAAAUGCGCUCAAAACUCAACAAAAUCAAUUCCUCUAACGGAAAUGGAGCAAGCUCAUGCUGAUAUAUUGAGCCUUCCGCAUUGCGAUAAACCCAAUGAAGAAUACUCUAAUUUUAGAACGAAUUUGAGAGAUGUUUAUUCUGCAGCCGAAAGGGAUUAUCAAAAUCCAAAAAGUAUUUUCCAUAUCAUCGCAAAGGCAACAACACAAAAAAUGUUUAGAAAGAGGACAUUUAAUAUUGACGUUGAAGUCCUUACAGUUAAAAUAAUGCUUUCAAUCAUUUGGUCAUGCAAUUUGUUAAAGGAAUAUACUGAAUUCGAAACAGAACCAACUAUAGCAAAGUUUGAUACAAUUUUCAAACCUUACUUACCAAACCACUAUUAA